AUGGUUGUUAUCACAUACUGCGUGGAAUACGCCCAGUCUCAGAAGAGUGUCUGUUUGAAAUGCAACAAGGUGAUCCCGAACAAGUCUUUGCGGGUCGGACGCAUGGAGCGUCAGUCCGAGAAGGAGAAGAAGAAGUUUGCAAAGUUCCGGUGGUACCAUUUCAAGUGCUUUGAGAUCCCCGAGAUCAUGACCAAGAUCCCAGUGCACCUGAUCCGCGGACAAGUCGACCUCCUCGACAAAGACAAAGUACGCCUGGAACGCGUGAUCAAACUCGGAGUCGGAGCCUCAUGGUCCCAAAUUGUUGAGCAGCACAAAAAGAAGGCCCAAGAGGACGCGGACGCCGCCGCUGCCGAGGCCCUCGCCAAUGGCACACCCCUGCCUACUCCAUCUUCGAAAUCCAUAGACUCUGACGAUGACGAAAACGACGAUGAUGGCAACGGACAGAACGGCGGGAGGGAUUUCACGGCCCAGUUGACGGGUGAGGUCGACCGGAAACAGGAGCGGAAGAACCGAAAGGUGAAUAAGUUGAAGGCCAAGACUGAGGGAGCCAAGGUCGAGAAGAAGAAGCAACAGAAUCAGAAGGGCGCAGCAGUAUCGGCAUCAGGAACAAAAAGCAGCAGCAGCAGCAGCAGCAGUAAUAACAACAAGAGUGCAGGAGCAAGCAAAGGAGGAAAGGAAAUGUCGGCGGUCGAGAAGGCGAUUGCGGCCUCGAGGGCUGAUAGUAAAAAGAAAAUGGAGCAGAUGCAGAACAAGUUUGGGAAGAAGUAA